UUCAAUGCUUACUGGAUGAUGCUGGUGGCAUCUGACCCAACACAGAGGCUCAAGGUGGCCUCUGCCCUGAGACAAGCCUCAGUAUAUGGAUUAACUCUUGCUAGAACUUGGGCUUUUAGCGAUGGUACUGCCGCUUCUAAUAAGCCCUUGCAAUCAGCUCCUGGUUCUUACAACGAGGCUAUGUUCCAAGGAUUAGAUUUCGUGGUUUCAGAAGCUCAUAAAAAUGGGAUUUAUCUGAUAAUGAGUCUGGUGAAUUACUAUUCGGAUUUUGGAGGGAGAAAACAGUAUGUCCAAUGGGCAAGAGAGAAGGGCCAGAACGUGACCUCCACGGAUGACUUUUACACUAACAUCAUGAUCAAGGGCUUUUACAAGAACCAUGUUAAGACAAUACUGACCCGGAGGAACACUAUUAACGGGAUGAUAUACAAGGAUGAUCCCACCAUCUUGGCAUGGGAAUUGAUUAAUGAGCCCCGUUGUGAAAGUGAUCUCUCAGGCAAGAUAUUACAGAACUGGAUCACAGAGAUGGCAACUUAUGUGAAAUCCAUAGACAAGAAGCAUCUGCUUGAUGUGGGAAUGGAAGGAUUUUAUGGAAAUAGCACACCUGAAAAAAAGUAUUUAAAUCCUGGAGGUAUUGUGUUUGGUACUGAUUUCUUGAUUCACAAUCAGAUUAAGGGGAUCGACUUCGCUACAUUUCAUGCCUACCCAGAUAUAUGGUUAUCAGGCUCAGUUGAUAAAGUCCAAUUAGAAUACAUGAAGAAUUGGACAGAGUCACAUGUGCAGGAUGCAGGCAGAAUAUUGAAAAAGCCAAUCUUGAUGGGUGAGUUUGGGAAAUCUUUGAAGCCAAAAGGAGGCUCAAUCAAGUCAAGGGAUGCUUUAAUGGUUAUCACCUACACAAUGAUCCUCCACAGUGCUCGCAAUAAUGGCCCAUUCGCUGGAGGCCUUUUUUGGCAACUUCUGGACCAAGCCUUGGGCCAGUUCCAAGAUGGCUACGGCAUCGUCUUGCCUGAAUUCCCUUCCACCGCGGCUCUCAUUGCCAGUCACUCUCGCACCUUAUCUAACCUCAAUCACCAUCUUUAG